GGGUAUAUAAAGGGUAGAUGGUUUUUUGUUGGCUGCAUUGUUUGGCCAAGAAAGCACCAUUGUUUCCGCUAUCAAAAUGUACAAAACAACGAAGCAUUGCGGCUGUGGCGCUCAGCGCUCGCGGAGAUGGUUAUCUGUGCCUCGGCUCUCCAUCAAACGCCGCCUUGGGCAGCUUCCACCACCAUUCCUGAGGCUGCGUUCCUGGCAGCUCCUGAAACCCUUGGCAAAGGCCGGACUCAACCCAACGCGCAGGGUCAGCAAGGCGGUGUACAGCCGGGCUCCGACUCGCCUUUUUUCACGUAUCUGGGGGCUUGUGAACGAGGUCAGCCUCCCACAUUGGCUGCGCAGGCCUCUUCUAUCCCUUUAUGUCUGGGCUUUCUCAGUGAACAUGGCUGAGGCAGAGGAAGAAGAUCUGAACCAUUACCGGAAUUUGGGUGAGCUAUUCCGAAGACCACUCAAACCCACAGUUCGUCCCAUAGCCUCUCACGAUGUGGUUAGUCCAUGUGAUGGCCGUAUCCUGCACAGUGGACGUAGUCGUGGCUCCCAGAUUGAACAGGUUAAAGGUCUCACAUAUUCAUUGGAGAGUUUCUUGGGACCUCAAGACUGGAGAGAACCUUCCAAUUCGAGCCUCCCGUUCCUGCAGCAGCUCGGUGUGCGUCCCUCCAGCCGUCUCUACCACCACGUUAUCUAUCUGGCUCCCGGCGAUUAUCAUCGAUUCCACUCUCCAACCGACUGGAGCAUCCAUCACCGCAGGCACUUCCCAGGCUCUCUGCUCUCAGUCAGCCCCAACAUCGCAAGCUGGAUGCCCAGUCUGUUCUGUGAGAACGAGCGCGUGGUCCUCAGCGGCCAGUGGCAGUUUGGCUUCUUCUCUCUCACGGCAGUAGGAGCCACCAACGUAGGAUCCAUCCGUAUCUAUGGCGACGAGGACCUGCGCACUAACCGCCCUCGCCACGUCAAGGGAAGGUUCCACGACUUCAGCUACACGGAUUGCCACGGCGAAGGUGGACUGGCGCUUUCAAAGGGAGAUCCCUUGGGAGAGUUUAAUUUUGGAUCCACUAUUGUGCUCAUCUUCGAGGGGCCCCGACACUUCAAGUUUCAAAUAAAGAACGGGAGCCGGAUCCACGUGGGGGAAGCGGUGGGGACCCUGUGAUGGUGGCAUCCACGGCGUAGACUGGUCGGAGGAUUACAGAGACUUUUUUUUUCUUACUGAUUAUUAUUAAACAGAUUUAAGAAGAAAGUGUGAUAAAAA